GUGCCGGUCUCUUUGACACAGUGCCCAGAUCUCCUGAAGUCACCACACGCUAACCAUGGACGCUCGACUGAUCCUCAUCUUGGCACUCACGUCAUGCUGUCUCGCCGUACCCCAGAGACAGAAACGCAACAUCCUGACAGAUAAGAAUAGAUUGUGGCCAUUUGGUGUUGUACCAGUAGUGUUCGACAAAAGCAUAGAUGGAUUCACAUUGGAGAAAAUUUUGGCAUCAAUGCAGGAGGUUCAGAUGAGCACAUUCAGUGCGUCCAGGUCUUGUCUGGCCUUCGUGCCAAGGAGCAAUGAGGAUAACUACGCCCUCUUCACGGUCGUCCCUGGUGUGUCUGGUGACGGUGAGCCCGGAAUGUCUGGCGGCGCUCAGACCAUCCAUUUGUACCCCAACAUGGCCAAGGCUGAUAUUAUGCAGCUCCUUGUCUACACCCUAGGCUUCUACAAUGAGUUCCGUCGUCCUGACCGUGAAAAUUACGUCACAGUCAACAUGGACAACAUUGCUGAGAAAGAUCAAAAAUACUUCAAGAUCGGAAACACCACCACGUUUUACAACUACCCAUUCGACUUUAAGUCAAUCACCUUCUUCUAUCCUUAUGCCUACGCCAAGGACCCAUCAAAGCCCACCAUCCAGGCCAGAUAUGAGAGUCAGGUCUUCCCCUGGAAAGUCAGCCUCAGUAGCUUCGAUGUUAGCAACCUCCAGAGGAUCUACGAAUGCGGCACCGAUACCAGCAACAGACUCGACCUUCUGUCAGGAAUGAUUUCAAAAUGUACCUUCGAGUUUAACUUCUGUGACUGGGAACAAGAUACCGCUGACGACUUUGACCUGGAGAGACACAUGGGACAGUCAUCAAGUGAAGAGACAGGACCCCAGGCUGACUUCAGCAGCGGAAUCGGUUACUACGCUCUGGCUGGAGCCAAGAACCACCACAACUCCGCAACCAGACUUAUCAGCCCAGAACUACCGGCCGGAGAUUAUUGCAUGCGAUUCCAUUACUACAUGUACGGAAGUGACGUCAGGAAGGCAAGACUGGUCCGCAGAAUGGGCGGAAAUGAUGAAGUCUUGGCAGAAAUAGAAGGAAACCAAGGAAAUCUGUGGCACAGAUAUAGUGAAACCAUAUCUAGUCCAGACAAUUUUAAGUUCGUACUCGAAGCUAUGACCGGCGGAAGUGACCUCGGAGACAUCGCCAUUGAUGACGUGUACAUCCUCAGAGGAAAAUGCCUUGUAUAAUUUAAACAUUAUUAUUUUGCGGAUUGUUUUUCUCAUAGUGUGCAUUGUGAUGGAGUGAUUCAGUUCAUGUUCACCAGGUUGAAUCGGAGUUGAAACAUUCAUAUAUGAUUUUUCGAAUUUUCUUAGACUAUUCUAUAUAUCUUUUUUAUUCAUCAUUGAAUUUCUUUAGGGCGUGUUUCUGUAUGUCUGACUGAUUUCAUGCAUCCGUACGGCUUGUCCAUAGGUCUUUUUGUAAGGCUUCCUACAAAAUAUAUAGGGGUACAUUUGUGAAACCAUCGUGUUUGUCUCGUUAGUUUCCGAAUAAAGUAUAUGUUCGUUCACAAA